CGGGGCCGAGGAGAGCGGGGAGGAGGCGGAGCGGGCUCUGAGCAUGUUUGGCCCUUUGUUCUGCGCUCGUGCGUGUGUCGGGGUACGUGAGCUCCUUAGACGUCCGUCUGGCCGUCAGUCGGGCGGCCGGGUCACCGGAGUGUGCGUGGGGGGACCGGGCCCGCGUGCCCCUCUUCGUCCCCGGGGUGCUUCGGUGCUCCCCGGUCCUCCCCUUCACUUCCUCCCGGCCGGCCCGCCUACCUUGAAGCCUGCCGGCUGAUCCAGUGUCUCCUCCUCCGUCCCCUCCCCUCUCUCAGGUAGCAAUCACCCUCGGAGCCCAGAGGCCCGCACUGUGAAGGUGACCCCCUUGGGGAGGAGGGUGACGGUCCCUAGGAGGACGAUGGCCGGGGCCCCCCUCUCCCAGGCCCGCGUCCCAGCGGUCGCCGUGUGGCUCCUGUGCUCGCUCGGCCUCCUGGGCACCGAGGCCGGGCCGCCGCCUGUGCCUCCCGGUCUGCUCACGGCGGACAACUGCCUGCACCGCUUUACCCCCGGGGUGCCUGCCUUCGUGCUCGACACCGACGCCUCGGUCAGAAACGGGGCCACCUUCCUGCGCUCCCUCACCGUGCGCAGCGGCCGGGACUGCGUGCACGCCUGCUGCAGCUCCAACAACUGCAAUCUGGCGCUGGUGGAGUUGCAGCCCGACGACGGGGAGGACACCGUCGCUUCCUGCUUCCUCAUCAACUGUCUCUACGAGCAGAACUUCGUGUGCAAGUUCGCUCCCAGGGAAGGCUUCAUCAACUACCUCACGCGGGAGGUGUACCGCUCCUACCGCGAGCUGCGGACCCAGGGCUUUGGAGGGUCCCGGAUCCCCAAAGCCUGGGAUGGCAUAGACUUGAAGGUACAGCCCCAGGAACCCCUGGUGCUGAAGGGUGUGGAGAACACAGACUGGCACCUACUUCAGGGUGACACAGACGUCAGGGUAGAGAGGAGCGAUGCAGACCAGGUGGAGCUGUGGGGACUCGAGGAAGGCAGCUACCUGUUCCAGCUGACGGCGCCCGGUCCAGAGCAGCCAGGGAGCACCUCUAACAUCACAGUCACAGUGCUGUCCCCCGAGCAGACUAAAGAAUAUUGCCUCGUACCCAGCAAGGUGGGCCGCUGCCGUGGCUCCUUCCCCCGCUGGUACUACGACCCCACGGAACAGAUCUGCAAGAGUUUUGUUUAUGGAGGUUGCUUGGGCAACAAGAACAACUACCUUCGGGAAGAGGAGUGCAAGCUCGCCUGCCACGAUGUGCAAGGUGGGCCUUUGCGAAGCAGUGUUGGGGCUCAGGCGGCACUCCCCCAGGGCCCCUCAGUGGAAAGGCAUCAUCCAGUGUGCUCUGGCACCUGUCACUCCAGCCAGUUCCGCUGCGGUGAUGGCUGCUGCAUCGACAGCUUCCUGGAGUGUGACGACACUGCCGACUGCCUUGACGCCUCCGACGAGGCCACCUGUGAAAAAUAUACCAGAGGCUUCGAUAAACUCCAGAGGAUCCAUUUCCCCAGCGAUAAAGGCCACUGCGUGGACCUGCCAGACACGGGCCUCUGCUUAGAGAGCAUCCCCCGCUGGUACUACAACCCCUUCACUGAACGCUGUGGCCGCUUUACCUAUGGCGGUUGCUAUGGCAACAAGAACAACUUUGAGGAGGAGGACCAGUGCCUUGAGUCCUGUCAUGGCAUCUCCAAGAAGGAUGUGUUUGGUCUGCGGCGGGAAAGCCCCAUUCCCAACACCGGCUCCGUGGAGGUGGCCAUUGCAGUGCUCCUGGGCACCUGCAUCGUGGUGGUGGUAGCCAUCCUGGGUUACUGCUUCUUCAAGAACCAGAGAAAGGGCUUCCACAGACACCGCCACCGCCACCCCCCACCCGCUACCCCCACCAGCUCCAAGGUCUCCACCACCGAGGACAUGGAGCACCUGGUCUAUUACCAAACCACCCGACCCCUCUGAGCCUGGGGCACGCAAGGGCCCUCGCCAGCUCUCACCUGGCCCUGCUUCCUUCUUGCCAAGAUGGAGGCCUGGGCUGGGGAAGACUUUGGGACCAGACUUCUCCAGCCUGUUUCCCAGGCCCGUUCUGCCUCUGAGGCCAGGGCUCCAGCC